CGAACAGUUCGUCUUCCUCUACUCUUGCUUUCGUCAUAGUGGCCGCCAUAGCCAUGGAGGUCAUCACGUAAGCUGUUUGACGUUUCCUCGCGUUUUGCUGUCUUGAAUGCGUUGUUCCUCCGUGCUCAUCGACGUCCCAACGAAUUCGACCUGCUGCUAUCUCUCUUGUCGAUUUCUCCGCGUAUUGCCCCCCCUCUGUCUCUCUCUCGCUCUCUCUGUGUUGUUGUCUUCCCUUGCUCUCUUCUCUCUGUCCACCUCUCUCUACGUUUUCUGUGGAGGAUCGGUGGGCUUGUAGUCUGCUGUGGAAUUAACCUGAGAAAGGACUGGAGGAGUGCAACAUAGUAGAAAUCUCGUAUUGUUGGCGGGAGGAAUCAGAACAGAGGCGCGGACGUGGCGUGAGUUUUGGCGGAGAGACGGCGGGGUUUUAGCGGGAGGGAGCGGAAGAGGCGAUAAGUGGGGAGUUUGGUUUUGGCGGGAAGGAAGGAGAGUGGAGAGUCGUCGGGGGGUUUUGGCGGGAGGGAGCGGAAGAGGCGGCGAUAAGUGGGGAAUUUGGUUUUGGCGGGAGGGAGGCAAAAGCAGGGUGGGAUUUUUGACUGGGUGGGACGCAGGUUGUCUUAUGUGCGAUGUCGUCAAUGGAAACUGAUGACUCGUGGGUAAGGGGUGGAGUAGGUAAUCGGUAUCGGCCUGGGAGAGGGGGGUUGGGUGGAAGAGGGGGAGGGAUUGGAGGGGGUCCAGGAGGAAUGGGGGGAGUGAAGGUAUGCCCUUAUUUUCUUCAAGGGAAAUGCAAAUUUGGGGAUAGCUGUGCAUGGUUCCAUCCGGCUAUGGGGGAUAUGGGAAUGAAUGGCGGGGGGGGGGGGGGGGGGUUGGGGGGAAGAAUAGGUGGUUUAGGCCCGGGAAGGGGGGCGGGCGGAGGAGGGGAAAUGCCAGCGUCAGGUUCUCUGAGCGGUUCGAAACGUGGCUCACUGGGCAGGGUGGAUGAGAGGGGAGGGGGAGGGGGUUCUCCCCAAACCUCUUUCGUAGCGUCGCAAGCUGUGGAGAGUGGGAGGGAGGAUAAGAGAGGUAGAGGAGAUGGAGGAAGAGGAUGGGGGCGCGGGGGCGCUAGAUACCAAAGAUCUCGGCGGCCGCCCAGGCAACAAGAUCGGCCCUGCGUUUUUUGGCUCAAAGGGGACUGCCGAAAGGGAGAGGCUUGCAAUUUCCUCCACACACACACAACUGCCACAGACGUCGAGAUGAUGACUUCUCUCACAGGACAUGAAAAGGCAAUUCUCGGUAUCACGCUGCCUGUGGGAAUGGGGCAACUCUACACGGGAAGUAAAGAUCGAAGUGUUCGCGUAUGGGAUUGCACGAGUGGUCAGUGUACAGGAAAUGUGGACACGGGGGGCAGCGUUGGUGCUUUGCUGAGCGAAGGGGUGUGGUUGUUCGUUGGACUUCCAGAUGAAAUCCGGUGCUGGAACAUGCAGACAUCAUCACAACACAGUCUGUCAGGGCACAAAGGACAAGUGCACUGUCUGGCAGUCAGUAGCGAGUGUCUAUUUAGCGGAGCCCAGGAUGCAGUGAUCUUGGUAUGGAAGUUCAACGCCGGACUUGGGGUUUUUGAAAAUGUAGCUUCCUUCCGAGGGCAUGAAGGCCAGGUUGUUGCGCUGCAAGUGGCGGGCGAGAGACUUUAUUCUGGAUCUGUUGACAACACGAUAAAGGUAUGGGAUCUGAAGACGGGUCUAUGCACGCAAACCCUUGGGGGUCACAAGGCAGCAGUGCUGGGACUCCUUUGCUGGCAGCAGUAUCUCCUCAGCUGUUCCCUUGAUGGGAGUAUCAAGGUCUGGGGUGCCUCUUCAACCGGCGCUUUGGAACUGACGUUUAGUCAUCCUGAAGAAGAUUUUGCGACGAACACAGCUGACCGAGAGGGUGCUCUUGCAAUGUGCGGUACAAUGGACACUGCAAAUAGACCAGUGCUGCUGUGCUCCUACAACGAUAACACAGUUCGGUUAUAUGAUCUGCCAUCGUUCACGGAGAGGGGCGCUCUUUUCUCGAAAGAAGAGGUACGAGCCCUCGCAGUGGGUCCUGGAGGACUUAUUUUCACUGGCGACAGCUGUGGUGUUGUGAAGGUUUGGCGAUGGAAGUGAACAAUUUUGUCCCUGGUGUUGGCAAUGAACAACUGAUCGGUGGCCAUUUGUCGUCGUUGCUGAUCAAGCUGCACAAUUGGUGGUUGGCGAUGCAAAUUAAUGUCCCAAAAUUCUGCGACUGGAGCGGCUUAUGAUGGUGUUGGAAAUGAAUGUAGUUCCCAAGCAUGGGAAUGUGAGAGUUAUCGUCAUUCCUUCCACGAUAAAGGAGCCAAGGAGAUUGGUGGUCCCCGCGAGAGGCUUCAGUGCUUUGUCAUGUAGCAGUACGCCUAUCUGGCUAAACCCCUGCUUUCUUUCUCUUUCGUCUUCGGCCUUGUGCCUACGCUCUUGCUGUUUCUUUCCUCUUCGUUGUCUGUCCGAUUUUCUGUCGUCUGGAAUUUCCAUCCAUGCUUGUCCUUCGAUGACUGUGUACACACGUGUUCUGGUUGUCAACCAAAUCAACUGAGUUUGUUUUCAGGCGUGUAUUGAUUGGAGGGGAUUAUUGCUUCCACUUUGCGUUUCACGGACGCGAGCCUGGGUUUACUAGAUUCACCAGUGCAGCCAUUGUUCUUUUGGCGUCGUGAACUUUGGUUAUCCUAUUUUCUCUCACCUUUAUCAAUGACACGGC